UCCCGUGAUUUCUCAGAGAGUUUAGUAAAUAAACAAAGAUAUCUCGAUUGUAUACUAGGUAAAUCUAAUAAAUAUUUUAAAGUCAAUAAUCAAAUCUCCAUGCAAACAACAGCUAAACAUAUCCGAGCUAAUUCAAGGAUUAAUAUGGGUAUAUGUUCUCCAAUAUUUGGAAAAGUGACUGUUCUCGUGAUUGUUGUCGAGAGUUCUUACAAGACUCACUAUGCUGUUGCUCAGCGCUCACUAGAAUGCUAUUUGCGAGCCACAAAUUAUACAUUUAAGCUUGUUGAUUUAGAUCAUGAUGAACGUACAAAUAAAUAUUGCAAACAUGAUCAGCUUUUCUUUAAAAAACAUUGUGCUGUAGCUGUGUAUUUAGCUGAUUCUGAUUGGACUUUAGUAUUGGAUGCAGAUGCAGGUGUUGUUAACCCAAACCAUUGUAUUGAGGAAUGGAUUGAUGAUAGAGUUGAUUUAAUUUUUUAUGAACGGUUUUUUAACUGGGAAGUUGCUUCUGGAAAUUAUUUGGCAAAGAAUAGCGAGUUCUCUCGUGCUUUUAUAAUGAACUGGGCAAAUAUGCAAUACACUCAAUCUAAAAAUUUUUCUGGGGCCGAUAAUGGUGCCUUACAAUUACAUAUAUUACAAACUGUUAUUCCAGGUGCUAAAGCUGAAAUUAAGUGUAUAAAAUUAUAUUUCCUUGAAGGGGCUACACGUAUAUGGCCGGGUAAAUUGCGAAUUUUAAGACGAGGGCAUGCUUGGAUACGAGACUGGUUUUUAACUACAGAUUCUUGGUCCGCACGUGAUUUUAUGCUGCAUGGCUGGAAAGCACAAAAUAUUUCAUCCAGUUGGGAAUCACCUUUUAAGAAAGUGCCCGUUCCCGAUGAAUGUAUUGGUGGAUAUGCUGGGUGGAAUUGGAGAACUGAAAAGGCAAAAGAAUUAUUUUUAAUUUUUUAG